AUGAUCAUGAAUGGGAUUCAUUUAUUCAACAUCCGGUCGAUCCCAUGAAAAUGGAAUUUCGUUGAAAUUGGGUUAGAUACAUGCUGUACAGUACAAGAAGGUAGCAUAAACAAUGGUAUAGCUUACAAAUUUAGGAAAUGGCAACAGCUGAUACACAAUCUGCAAAGCCUCGAAGCAGCCGUCGUAGGCUGCAUAAUCCACAGGUAGAAAAUGACUUUGCACCAGGAGAUGGGGAGCCACCAGCUAGACCCCCACCCUUACAGCGAUCCCAUUCACACAGAGAACGGCCAACAAAGCAGCUAGACUUCUACCAAGCCAUGUCUGACUUCAAAGCCAUGUUUCCUUCUAUGGACACUGAUGUGAUUGAGGCGGUCCUGAGGUCCAAUGAUGGUGCUGUUGACGACACGAUUGAUCAGCUACUGACUAUGAGUAUUGAUGCUGAUGACAAAGACUUUGUGGACAUACCCCCGGAGCUCAUUUCUCCUGAGGAGGAUGGCUGUCCCACCUAUCACGAGAAGCGAACUGAAGACUCCCCACCUUCCUACACUGAAGCUGUGCAAUCAGAUAACAGUAUCUGGACCACCCCCAUCACUCAAACAACAAGUAAAACCUCUCCCACCCCACCAAAGAGGAGCCCAAUAAGUAGAUCAAAUACAACCCAUACCCCAAAGACUCACAGUCAUGGACAAAACAAAUCAUCUCAUCAUCACAGCAGAUCAUCGCACCAUCAUCACCAUCGAAGGAGCCAUCGAAGUCGACAUAGUGACGACAUGGUGGACUCCCUUGCUUUGUCCAAUACAGAACCAAAGCGCCCCCUUCCCAGCUCCCCCAUAAGUCACAGCACCCCUGUCAAGAGGGGCUUUCGCAAUUGGAACCCCCCAAUGCUGGGAACACUUCCCGAUGACUUUCUGAGAUUAACCGUGCCAAAGUCACAAGACCCUCUUUCAUUAGAGGGAUUUCUACCACAAAGCAGUACAGAGAGGACUCAUCACAAUAUCAACAGAAAAAACAGACACACUGAGAGACUGUCAAACAGUAGCAGUGAGCACAAGAAGAAGAUUUCUCGAAGCCGCAGUGAGCGAGCUCCAGAAAGACCCAAGUGGUCUCAUGGUGGUGAACAUUUACCUAUGGUUCAUUCACAUGGACAAAUCCUUAAUGGGUCUCCAGGGAUGUCCAAAUCACUGAUUAUCUCUUCACAUGAAUUCAGUCAGGAUAUGCUGGAUGAAAAAUUAAAGGAAAAUGAGCGACGAAGACGAAAGGCUGUUAAAAAUGUAGACCUUGAAAUGUCACAAUAUUUGGAAGAUGAACGACUUGCCAUUGCUCUGCAGAACAGUGAAUUCUUACAGGAGCUGAGAGGAAAUGAAGACUUUAUGAAAACACUAGAGAAAGAUCGCAAGGAUAUGACAACAUUUGAGCCCCCAUUGCCUCCUGUUAUUCAACCAGCAGAAACAACAGAAGGUUAUGGUGAUGACAGGCAGACACGCUUGGAGCCAUUUCCUUUUACACAACCUUCCCCCAAACAGAAAGAUGAAGAUGCUGAAUUGCGACGACAGUUGAACAACAUGGGAGGUGCAUCGAAAAAGCAGUUUAUUGCACUAGCCAGGAAGUUCUUCUCCAGAAAGAAGAAGAAAAUGACACUGAAACAAAUUCAAAAAGAGAAACUGGCCCCAUCUAUGGUCAAUCUGCUGGACAGCGAUGAAGAAGACUUUGUCCCAGAUGAGGACACUAAUCCUUAUGACCAAAGGACAGAGAUAGAACCUCUGGUAAGGGUUGGUCAACACUGACCAACAGCAGUGAACCUGACAGUUUACUAAGAAUACCAAAUGAGCGGGCACAUGAUCGCCACCAGUCCAACAACACGCCCAUCUAUCAUGACAACAAAGCCACAGACUUUAUAUAAUAUCACCAUGUUAGACACUAUCGAGGUCUAUCAUGGUAAAUUACUAGGCCAGUUACUGAUAGGGACAGUUCAGAUUCAGGGUAUAGCAAGUCCUCCAAGCAAUUUGUGUCCAUUCAGAGCACACCUUUUUUUUUUAGUGAAUCUCUGAAGCUAUACAAGUUUUUGUGUUAUGAAGUAGUUCUUGCACUUCAUAUUAAGUAAUAGUCAUUGUUGACGUAUUUAAAUUUUCUAAAGUGUAAUGUUUUUAAAUGCAAUAUAUAUAUAUAUCCCUAUAUAUAUAUAUAUAUAUUAAGAAAUCAUCAUUUGUACUUGUAACUGUCUCACUUUAUUUGGCAGUUUCAAUAUCCUUUUAGUAAUAAGCAAGUGUCUCGUGGCAUAUACUCACUGGUUCAUAUAAAAACUGUACAGUCUUUGUAAAUGAGUUACAUAUAUUCUAAAUUACAUGUAUAUGGUGAAGAAGGAAAGGAGUGCAUAAUUGUAAUGAGAGAUAUCUACUUACACAUUGUAUUUUAAUUGAUUUUUUAAAUGGAAAACUAGAUGAACUAUGUUUAUUUUGGAUUGUGAUUGUCUAGGACUAUCAGAAGUCUAAUCUAAUUGAUCUUCAUGUAAAAUCUGCCAGUGCCUGUAAAACUUGAUUGCAGUAUUACCUGUGUACCUUCUGUGUUCCUCUCACAGGAAAAGAGUUUAUCCCUAUUUUUUGUAUGUUUAUAAAGUGUAUGAAGACUAGAAUGUUCAAUAAAUACUUAUAUUAUGUCGGGGAAAUUUACUUUACCAAGAAUUUCUUCAGUUGCUUUUUGAUAUCUUCACAGAUUUGCUUUUUAUCAGUACAUGUUAACACCGAUCUAUCCAAUUCUUGGUUGAAACAAAGUAAUCUGUAUUCCUCCAAGCUGUACACAUUAACAGAAUUCUGAUCAGAUAAAUCCAUGCUGAAGGCAUUGUUCUGUACAAUAUGGAGUAGUGAGGAAUGCCUUUCUUUAAUCUUGAAUGAUCUACCCAAAACUUUUUUUUUGUAACUUAUGAUCUUCAUUUUUGUCACGAUGUUAAUUUUUUGAAAGAAUUCUCCUUAAGGUGCUUGUAUACAAUCAAAUAAGUUGUAGCAGUUGUAAAUAGUCUUACUAUUAUAUUUAUUAUUUGUAUAGUCUUGUGUUUGUAUCAUUACUAGAUUCAGAUUUCAAAGUGCUGGACAAACCGCUCUGGGAAAAUUCAAACAUUUUUGUUCAUGAUUCUUGUUACUCAGGUCAUUGACCUUUUGGAAUUUUCUUUUUUAAAGCACGACUUAGUCCAUGGAUUAAUUGAUUCUACAUAUUUUGGUAACUGACACUUCGAUGUUCAGACUUGUGAUUAUUUCAUUGGUAUUACAAGUACUUGUUCAUGGUACUAUAUACAAACAGGGUAAGAUGGAACAAAACUCUCCAAGAAAAGAAAGGAAUUUGAUAAAUAUAGAUUUCAUAUAAGGUAGUUUUUCUUCAAAGUUGAGUUUGUUUAAAGAAAUUUCACAUUUACAUGAAGCUUGUCUUUUGUGAAUCUUAAAAAUAUAACAAAUAAGGGACUUGGUAGAAAAUGGUAAAUAAUAAGCGAGGGUUAUGGAAUCUGUUUCUCCAAUUAAACCCUGUAGACUAGAGUGGACUCAGAGGGAAGGAACACCAUCAAAUAAGAGACGUAAAUGUGAGAAGGAUGCGCUGUUGGAUGUGAUUAGAGAAAUUACAUUUCAUAAUACUCUUAUAUUUGCAGCAUAUUCAUUUAAUUAUCACAUAAUUGGUAAUUGAUUUAUUGUUUCACAGUUAAGAUACAAAUUUAUGAUUCAUCAUUGUCUAUGUAUAUGGUUCAUGUACAGUUUAAUUUAUCAAAUAUGUUACAUAAAAAAGUUCCUUCUUUAUCAGCUGCAGGAACACAAAUGUCGGAGAAGUCAACACCAAGUCUUUGAAAUGUUACUCAACUAGUUCACAUAAUUUUUCAGGAAUUGUAUUUAACUAGUUUCAUAAUAUGCCAAUGAUGUUGUUCAACUUGUACACAUAUCUUUCGGUAAUGUACUUUAACUAGUUCACAUAACUUGUCAGAAAUGUUACCGUAUAUCUGGUAAUUUUGACGUCGGAAAUACUUUGUGAAUCUUUCUCGAAAAAGUAGUUCAACAUCCUAAUAGCACUUUUUUUUUUUGGAGGGAGUACAAUUUCAGAGGAAGGUGUCAGCAUUUCUAGUGUGUCAAGGUUACCCGAUAUACGUUAUUCAGCUCGUCAGUAAUAUUAUUCAACUACUACACAUAAUUUGAGUUUGCAUUGUAUUCAUAUUUCUAGAUGAUGAAAUGUCGAGUCAGUUAUAUUCGAUGACAUACAUGAUGGUUACUUUACAGAUUACCUGUGCGUGUAUUGUGAGUUGGUUUCACAGAGGCCUAAAUGCCUGUUUCAUAAAUGUAGAUCAACAUAGUAUAUAUAAGCCUUGUUACAAAACAGGCCUCAGCCCUAUGAGUCAAUUUGUGCUAUGGUGAUAUGCUCAGAAUAUGAGACAAAUUGUUGUUAUACAUGUAUGUGAUAUUUGUAUUCAUCAGUACGGUGCGAGUAACCCCAAGUUUUGAUCUUAGUGGAUAAAUUCUUCAGAUUACAAUAUUAUGCAAUUUAAUAUAGUGCGUUGUAAAAUAUAGGAGAUUUACCAGUGUAAGAGAGUAUCAGUAUGCCAGAAUUGUGUGAAAUACUGAAACUUACACAGAACCAACUUUCUGAAAUAGACAUUUAUGAAUAAAUACUGCUCACGUUUGAAUCCAGGCAAGCAAAGUUACUCUAAACACCUGCUCAAAUUUAGUUUUUAAAUAAAAAAACAAUGAGUACAUAUUCUACUUUACUAAGUGCCAGCCUCACAAAACAGUGCAAUACUUUGUCUGCAUUGAUAAAUCUUUUUAGUUUACACAAAAUUACAACUCUAAAUGAAUCGUACUAACUAGAGUGCACAUUUGUAUAAAAUGCUGAAGAAUUUAGGCAAUAAGCUAAACAAUUGUGCAAAUUGAACUUUUGGUUCUAAAUCCAUGUACAUUGUAUAUCAAGGGAAUGAUCAUCCCUAUUUAAUAAACCAUUUAGUUAAUUUAAAGUUUGUUGAGAUAUGCAUAGUGAACAAAUACAUUCUUGUAAUUACAAUUUCAUCCCCAUCAUUUGCUAUUUUGUUCAUAUUUUCUGCCAAGUUUUGAUACAUUUUAUAGAAAUUCUUGAGUUUUAACAAAUAUUAUCUAGUUGUAUUUAGUUUAUGCACUGUUCUUGUCAUCACCCUUUUCACAAACUAUGAGAUAUAUAUCUGUGCCUAUGUCUACCCUCAGACUUACCUCCCUUUCAUGUGAUUCUAGAGUUUGCUCCAACUUGAAUUGCCUGUAUUUGUUCAUUGAUGUUUGGGUAUACAUCAUUGUAAAACUGUCCAAGUGAUGUCAAUUUUAUGUACAGUAUAAUCGAACUUAUUCCCCCAGCUUGAUGCAUAGAUGUCACGUGCAUGCAAUAGGGCUCCAUGUACAUUGAUGUACAAAAUAAAACUCGACGCCAAACCCACUAGCAUUAAUCAAAGCUAUGUGAUCUACAUUUCAUAAAUAACAAAUGUGUACUCCCUAUAAAUAUACUUUUUUAAUGCAGUUCUAUGUCAUUGCAUCAAAUACUCAAUAUCUGCCUGCCAUUAAUUUUCAUAUAUUAAACUGGCACAAAUGUGAAGCUAAUUGUGCUUAAUAUAUUCAACAGCCUUCAUUUUAUAGUGAAAAAUGUGUUUUAAUUAAAGAGUGAAUGAAAAAGAAGCUUGUAUUUCCCCAUUUUAUCAGAAUUCUGUAAGAAAAAUUGUUUUGUUAGAUUUACAGAAGUUUCCUUUCCAUAUAGAUAUAAAAUUGCACAGGUUUAAUGUAAGGGAAGAUAACCCAGGUCCAUAGGACCUGGAUUUGUAUUAAACUCCACAAGAGAUUUUUUUUAUUUCAAAGCAGUGAGCUUGUGAAAUGCUGACAGUUGUGAGUUAUUGUGACCAAAUACUUAUUGUACAGUUAUAAAAAUGGUUGUACAGGCUACCUCUGUAAGUGAACAAGUGUCAGUUAACUUGUAUUAAGGUCGUGUUAUAAUCUUGUUACUUAGAUCAUUACGUAAUCUGUUUAUUAUGUGUGUAGAUAAUAAAAGUUAACUUGUUAA